AUGGAACUCAAUAAAGGACUUUCUUCUACUAAUCUUGGUGAACAGUGCAAGGCUAUUGCAGAAUUUCCAACGCUUAUUCUGAAAUAUCCAUUUCCUAUGGUGAUAAAUUCGAUAUUCCUGAAAAUAUCGGAACUCUUUCGCGAGGGAUCCUUUGCCAUCCAAUUGUGCCCAGUAAUAUGUGGCCUCUUACAGAACCCAACAACAGAAACAGAUACGAAGUUUAAGCUUAUUUCUUUAUGUCGUUAUGCCUACCAUGACGUAGUUUCCCUGCCGAAGCGGUUGUGCAAGUUAUUCGGCUCAAGUUCGUGCAUUUCUGAAAAGGAGGAAAUCUUCGUCAUCUUCUUCAAACUGACCGAGUCCUGUAAUUUUGUGGACCUAUUACUGCAUCCUGAUGAAACCAGCACAGUGCCCCGCGCCCUUUCACUGGCAUGCAAGCUGGCUGUUCUGAUUCAUCUCCGCGGGGGUGACACAAAACUCACAUCGGGUCGAAAUUCGAUUUUUCAGUCGGAUUCUGUGUCUGAUUUUAUCGCUCAGACGAUGUCUUCCCGCAAAGCAGUCAAAGAAGAAGACCAAGACGCUCAAGAUAGUGAACCUUGGUUCUUAUCAACCACGGGCCCUCCUUUGACGGAGCUCAAAGUACGUUGUUUUAUUUCAGGACCCGAAGCAUAUUUGCGCUCCUUUGGUUUUACUUAUUAG